AUGGACUCAAAAUACUAUAUCGUAUUCAUGUCUCUUCUCAUAACAGUUGUUACAGAUUUUGUAUUUUCUCAAGUUGUAAACAGUACAGGAUGCGUGUCAAGUAACUGGCGUAAACAGUGGAAAUCAUGCUAUAUGAAACACUGUGGAUCCAAUCCAGGAACGUGUAUAUCUAGUAGAGGCAUACCUGAGUGCAAGAGGGUAAAAGACGGUUGUGGAAUGUGUGUAAAGAGAUGGUUUGUCGACAAUCAAGAAGUCCAGUGUGAAAGGCCUACAACGAGAGCAGAAUGUCCUCCCAAUGUCAUAUUAAGGAACUGCCAAACACGCCUUUGUGAAAACAUUUGUCUGGACGACCGGUUUAGCGGGACGCGGUGUCGAGUGAACAGGUGUGGAGUGUGCAGUCCGGAGUAUUUCGUAGACGGACAGUGGCUCAUGUGUCCCUCUCAACCAUUUUCUCCGAUAGCGGGAAACGAUCUGCAAGGAUUAUCAUUUUUCCAUCCGGAAGUGGCGGGAGCAGUGAUGACCGGAAAUGAACUAACGCCCUCUAUUGCAGCAGCCAAUCGAGGUGUUGGUAUCCCAGUCAUUGCCAGAGCGGAGGAAUCGACAAACUCCUUUAGGUCUGCUGGGCCUGGGGACGUGGCAGAGCCCACUGUCUGUCGAAGGGGUGUCACCGAACGGAUUUGUGAAAAUCUAUGUGCUAAUGCGCAGUGUGAAAAUUAUCCUGAAGCAGUUUGCAGGGUCAAUAACUGUGGCGGAUGUAACACCGAAUUUUACGUUGGAACAGAGCGGGUGAAUUGUAGAGGGGAGAAAUGUCCUCCCGGCGUUACCUACUUCCACACGUGCGAUUCAUGCGCCUAUAACUACUGUCAUAAUGAACCAAAAGCAGAGUGCAGAAUGGAGGCUUGUGGGAAGUGUACAUCAACUUUCUGGUAUAAUAAUAAACUGGUUCCAUGUAAUGCGCUAAACAUCCUUGAUUCAUGUCCAGGAAACGCCAAACGACACGUAUGUGAAUACCCGGUUUGCCGUUUUGAUACCUGUCCAAGAAAUUCCAGCGUUAGCUGCAUUGUGGAUAAUUGUGGAGGAUGUAGGCCCCGAUUUAUACACAAACUUACGAAGGAGACGGCAGCGUGUCCCGGAUACUGGAUGGAUUACAAUAAUGGCAAAAGUCAUGAAGCAACGCCUACAGAGAAAGCAAAAGCCUUAAAAGAGAGAAGAAGACAUUUAAAUGAAUCACAGGUAGUGCCAGGAAACACGGGAACAACAACAGAGGAAAUAGUAAAUCCCUUACCAGAUUCAGCAUCAACACCUCCAAGACAACCUCAAAAUCGUCCAGGUUUCGUAGACCAAAUGACCGGAUUGAGUCCUUUACAGAGAGAUCCAAUGGGUAAUUUCAUUUCUUCCAAUAUAGAUUCUUUGGCAUUGGGCCCACUCCCACAGCCGAGUGUAACAAAUUCUGGUCAAUCGCCAGAUUUGUUGAAUGCCUUGCAGAUAGCGAGAGCAGAGCGCCCAUCAGGUCUACCUUCCGGUCCAUCACCAAGACCAACUAGGCGACGACCAUCCAGUCCUCAGCCUCAAAAUGGAAGCCCAUCUUCGGACCAGUCUCAGCGGAGACAGCCAUCCAGUCCAUUUAGGGGAAUGAAUCGCAGGAGACCCUCCGACCAAUCACGUCAGUCAUCCCCGGUAGAAAGUGGACGCUCAUCCGACAAUGACCGUUCGUCCUCUCCGUUUAGAGGAAUCAACCGACGAAGAACCUCAUCCUCUGGAUCGCCAAGACCAUCGAGACGUAGAGAGUCGACACGAAGUGGCUCUUCUUCCAGUAUUUUUAGAGGAAUGAAUCGUCGGAGAACAUCCUCAGAAUCACAAGGGCGGCAAUUUGAUGCAGCUCUACCAAUUCCUAAUAGCCAGGCCGCGGAGGCUCAGAGGAUUCUUCCAUUGGUGAAUAACGCUCCUACAAACUCUUUUAUUAUUAGGACAGAACAAGUACCUGUUGUCAACAGCGGAUCGACUGGUUCAGUACCAGUUUUACAAAGAAAUGAGGCAGAUCCAUCUAGUUCAAUACAAGAUCCAAGUGUUCCUAUUCAGCAAUCACAAGACUCUCGACAAGGAAACGCACAGGCCAUUGCUGAAAUAGACAAAAUUAUUCUUAAUCUUGACAAGGCGCUACGAAAAGCUCAUCCUCCCAUGAAUCGUGUCUCAUCAACAGGUAGCAGACAAACACAAACAAUCAAUAGCCCUUUGUCGUCAGAAGCGGUGCGUCCAAAACCAUCUAUAACAUCUUCAAAGCAAAGCCCUUCUAAACCACUAGUCGCGAAUAAACCAGGACAGACACCUCUCUCCUUGCAUACAACAGAUAAGCCAUCCCUGCAUAAAACGAAAUCAGCAGGAAAGUCAAAACCUAAGAAAGCAGAACCUAGAACAAAUGCUCAUAAGAGUGUACAGAAUGAGAAAAAGCCAAGCAAACCAGAGAGAAAAACAGUGCCUCUACAGUCUCUUAUGUUUCCUACAGAAUUCUUUACUUUGUUCCAGACUUUCGGUGGUGGCAGUUCAUUUGCCAUUCCAAGCAGGACCUCAGGAACGACAACUAAAAAACCUUGA